AUGCAUGCUCUGGUCAGUCGCGCGGCGUACCCUGCGACUCCCUUCAUCACGACGUUGCACGGCAUGAGCAAUCCGGGCGCGAACGAGACCGCACUAGUUGGUUGGCAAGGCGAAGCCAAUAUACGGGGGACGUAUGAAAUUCUCAGAAGCUGCAUCGGUACCAUUGUGCUACUCUGCUGGUCCAGCGUUUGCCCCAAUGUGCCACCGCUCGGUGGCGGCGCCUGGAGCAAGAUCCAAGGAAAAUUGAGUCUUUUCCUCCUGGCUAUUCUUAUGCCAGAAGCUGUUCUCUGGGUCGCGGUCGGGCAGCUCCAUCGUGCUUGGCUGGACAAAAAUGCUUUCAAGGCGCGAAGCUCCAGCGGUUGGGGAUUGCGAGAGUGCUUCUUCGUCAACAUGGGCGGCUUAUUUAUCCAGUUUCUUGGGCCUGACUCGUCAGAAGCCAGCACUGCUCACCAACGACCAUUUCCAGUGAAUUGCACGCAGUUGCGGUACCUAGCAGACAAUGGCUUCCUCGAGCUUCCGAGAAUCAAGCCAGAGGAAAUCGAGAUGCGGAACAAGUCCAACGGCCUCGCACGGACAAUCACAAUCGGCCAGGUACUAUGGUUUACAAUUAGCACCUUGGCGCGAAUCGCACAGGGUCUGCCCAUCACGACGCUGGAGCUGACGACGCUCAGUCUGGUGCUCAUUAUGGUCUUUUCCGCCGCAGCAUGGUGGCGCAAACCAAUGGACAUUUCACAUCCGAUGAUCAUCCAAAGCAACGUUUGUUUAUCAACCGUACUUGAAAAUAUGAUGGACCCCCCGAAUCCCCGGAGUCGGAACUUUGGCGCAACGCCACUCGCUUUUUACGACCGCCAGGAGUGGGUUCUGAGCAAGGCCUGGGCAUCCUACACGUGUAUCUUGCGCACCUUGUGCUAUGGCACACAGUCGCCUACGACGGGGGAAGGCGAAAGUAACAGCGUUUUCCCAAAUACAUUUCCGUCCAUAGAGCUUCUACAGGUGGCGUUGACUCUCGAGGCCUUGGGUGGGCUUCUCACACAGGUCUAUAGCUGCGUGCUGCUCUCCGCAUGGAAUGCAUACUUCCCAACGCCCACGGAGAGUCUUCUUUGGCGCGUUUCAACCGUUGUUGGAGUGUCGUAUGGCUUUCUGGGUUGUGCAAUCGCGGUUCUCGAUCGGUACGGGGCGUGUAUAAGCCAAUGUUACCACAACAUCUGGCGGUCGUUACGCAAGGCUGCUAGCGGCGGCACCGACACUGAGCCGCAGAUUCCCUUAAUUGAGGGGAGCACCACUGGGAGGAAGAAACGAGGCAGCAGGCUAGAUUGGCUCAGACGGUUCUCGAAUCUUUCGCCAAACCACGAUCCAAACUUUGACAUGAAGCUGCGUGUCUGGGUACCUGCUACGUUACUGUGUAUGAUCUACAGUUUCGCUCGAGUCUUUAUCAUUAUUGAAGACUUUAUCAGUCUCCGACGGCAGCCGUCUAGUACUUAUGAGGUCGUCAACUGGGCCCAGUACUCGAUUCUACUGUAA